AUGAUAACAAAAAUACCGCUAAGAAUUGCCAGAACUCUACUUCCUAUGAAUUAUUCUGGAUUGAGAUUAUAUAUUUCAGAAUCAAUAAUAGAGAAAAGUAGUUAUUUGAAUUAAAAUAAGAUCAUUUAUAUCAACUUAUUGAGAGAGGGAUGAUAUUUGAAACUAUGGUUUUAAAGAAUACACAAUCAAAUUCAGAUUAGACAGAAAUUAAAGGAUUUAAAGUACAAGAUUUGGAAGAUGACUUAAAAUUAGAAUUAAGUAAAACAGUAGGAAAUGUUUAAAUUUUAAUUUGCAUUGAAUGUUAAAAUAAAGAAGAAACCUUUGAAGAAGAAUUAUUAGAAAAUUAGAAAUUUACAGUAUUAAAUUAGACUGAAACUCUAGUUUAGAAUUGCUAAACUACUUAUUUGAAUCAUAUUCCUUUUAGUAUUUAUUUAACUAAAGGAAAUGGAAUCAUUUCUUGUUAUGAAUGUUCAGCUUAUAGAAGCAAAGUAUAAUGUCAUUCAUUAAAUAUAUAGAUUUAAAUUAAUAUGAUUUAGAUUAUUGAUGACAUUGAAGAACAUAAACAAAUUCCACGAUAAGAAAGAGGAAUAACUGACUAUAUAGGAAGAAAUUAUAUUAUAGAUGAUACUGUAAUAAUGUAAUAAUAAAUAAGUUAUAAAAUGAUAUGCUAAAUUAUCUUAAGACCUUUGGAAUAGACUCUGAACUUGCAUAGUUUGUGGAAAACCUACAAAGUGAUCGAGAACAGGCUCUGUAUCUGAAAUGGUUAUAAAACAAGAUCAAUUCUUCAUGA